UGGACUACAAGAAGAAUUGUGUUCCAGACCAAUUAAAAGCUAAAGGAUGUGAUGAACAACUUCUUCAGAAUUAUGUUGCAAAGAUACAGCGUGAAAUAACAAACCAAUGUGCAGCAUCGAACUCGAUCUGUACCGUUUGCCCUCAAGGAUUACUAGACAGUGCAAAGAGUACCUGCUACAACAAUUACCAAAAUGAUCAAACUGCAUCCCAACUGCAUUGUUGUAUGAUCGAAUACAGCAGGACUUGUGUUCCGGAAAUACUCGCAAGACAAGGAUGUGAUGUGACGGUUCUUCUUGAGCGGUUCUUCAAGGACAUAAACGCUGAUUGUGGAACAUCGAAGCCAGUCUGCUUGGAGUGCAAUCAGAAAGCAAUAUCCGAUGCGGAAGAUGUGUGCUUGAGGAAAUACGUACAGGAACACGGCAUCAUUUCUAGAGGCCUGCUGUCCAGCAAUGAAAAACGACUGUGCUGUAUGUUGGACUGCAAGAAGAAUUGUGUUCCAGACCAAUUAAAACCAAAAGGUUGUGGUGAACAACUUCUUCAAAAUUAUGUUGUCAAGGUACAGAGUGAAAUGAGAUACCAAUGUGCAGGAUCGAGCUCGAUGUGUGAGUAUAAGCAUAGGAAGAGCGCUGGCGCGUAA